AUGGAUUUGGCAUAUAUCGUUAGUGGUGCUAUCGUAUUGGCAAGGGAAGAUAGCGUCCCGCAUGUUGCAAUGAUUGUUACGCAGAGCGUAUUGACUUUGUGGAAUAUGAUUAGUGCAUUGGGUUACACUUUCUUCCCUGUCAUUACUACACGUUCGUGUGAUGUCAAGAGGAGGGCGGAAGACGUAGAAUGUGUCUUAUAUCCUCAGGGUAAUAAUGAAAAUGUGGAUACCACUUCGUGCGCUGCCAUAGUCGUUACUCCAUAUGUUGCAUCAAAUUAUCCUCAGCAAACGGUUUCUCGUCCCACUCCUCUCCAACAUAUAAAUGCCCAAUCCGCAGCAAUCGGGGCUUGGUAUAUGCUUACAACUGGUUCUCUGUCUCUUAUAUCUCUCUUCAUAUAUGUCAUCGCUUUACUCGUCGAUAGUACAGGCGCGUCUAUUUCUAUCAUCAACGACGUAGAGAUUUUACUGGGAAUUGGCAUUACGCUUUCGCUAGCAGUGACUCCACCAAAGGAGUUGGUCAGAGCGUUCAAAUUGAAAAUCAUUGGUCGGAAACUAAGUAAGCAUGUUAUUUGGGAAAGAAGCGAUUGUGCAUAUGAUAAAGAUUGUGGCACUGCUGCUGCCCAUAAGAGAGAUUGUCAGGACGACAAUGCUUGGGUUGAGAUUGGAGAUGUUCAAGCGCAGGACGAACACUUUGAACAUGUGAUAACGGAUACAAAAAAGAUUCUAAAUGAUUGA